AUGAACCAAAUUAGACAGGCAAUUUACGAGCUGGAAAUUGCUCACAGAAAGAUGAAGGACCAGUAUGAGGAGGAAAUUCUUCGUCUUAAACGGGAGCUUGAAAGUAGCGGAAAUGCUGCUGCUGUGCAACAACAACAGCAACAGGGUAUCCAAGGACCAGCUCAGCCUUUAAGACCACAGGGCCAGCCAGGUCAACCGGGUCAGUCUGAUGCACAGCACCCGGCACCCUUUAUCGGUCACUCGAAUGUAUUUGGUGAGAUUAUCUCUGGCCAAAGUCCGGAUCAACAGCAACAGCAAGCGGCACCACCCCCAGGUGGAGGUGCCAACUCUGCUGGAUAUGCUGCUGCUGGUUCUGGCCAAGGCGGUUAUAAUAACGGUUAUGCCCCUUCUGCUGUUCAAGACCAACAGCAGCCACAGCAACAGGCACCUCCUCCAGGUGGCCCUAUCUCGCCCAAUUCCAAGAAGAUUCUCCCUGAAGGAACUGUCAGUGGUCAAGUGACUAGUACUACUGGUAAUGGAGCAACUCCUUCGAAACUGAGUCCCGUUACCACGUCGGUUGUUCCCCUUGCUGGACCAACUGGCGCCAGUGGUACAACCCCUGCGGCUGGCGGUGCUGCUGAUGUAAAUGGGUUGCAAACAGCCCAAGCACUUGGUAACAACCUGGGCGAUUUGGAUAUUGAAAAGAUUCCUGCGGAUAUGAAGAAAAUUAAAGACGACUGGUUUGUACUCUACAACGAACGUGCCCCAAGACUAUUAGAUGUAGAGAUGGUUCAAUCUUUGGACCACUCAUCUGUGGUUUGUUGUGUCAGAUUCUCACUUGAUGGAAAAUACAUUGCUACUGGAUGUAACCGUAGCGCGCAGAUAUUCGAUGUUCAGACUGGUCAGCUCAUCUGUAGAUUGCAGGAUGAUUCUGUCGAACGAGACGGCGAUUUGUAUAUCCGAUCAGUGUGCUUUUCACCUGAUGGAAAAUAUCUCGCCACUGGUGCUGAAGACAAGCAGAUUAGAGUAUGGGAAAUUAAGACCAGAACCAUUCGUUACCUAUUUAGCGGUCACGAACAAGAUAUUUAUUCGUUGGAUUUCUCAAGAAACGGACGCCACAUUGCCUCAGGUAGCGGAGACCGAACCGUUCGCAUGUGGGAUAUGGAGAACGGACAAUGUACAUUAACCCUUAGUAUCGAAGAUGGUGUCACAACUGUGGCCAUUUCUCCUGACGGACGGUUUGUAGCCGCUGGUUCGCUUGACAGAACUGUUCGCGUGUGGGAUACGUCGACUGGUUUCUUGGUAGAACGUUUGGAGGCUCCUGAUGGACACAAGGAUUCUGUGUACAGUGUAGCAUUUACUCCUGAUGGUCAAGACCUUGUUUCCGGGUCUCUUGACAAAACUUUAAAACUUUGGGAAUUACAGGCUCCAAGAGGUGCUCAAUCAACUCACAAAGGCGGCGUAUGUGUAAAGACUUUUGUGGGUCACAAGGAUUUCGUUUUGUCUGUUGCAUCAACCCCUGAUGCUCAAUGGAUCUUGUCUGGUUCCAAGGACAGAGGUGUUCAGUUCUGGGAUCCUCGUACUGCUCAAGUACAACUCAUGCUACAGGGACACAAGAAUAGUGUUAUUAGCGUGGCACCCAGCCCAGCUGGUGGUCUUUUCGCUACCGGCAGUGGUGAUUGCAGAGCCCGUAUCUGGAGAUACUUCCCUGUUGCAAGAUAA